AUGAUGGCCAACAAUUUGAAUUAUCGUGUGAUAAUUGUUGGUGGCGGUAUCAUUGGUUUAACAACGGCGUGUACACUUCUCAAAGAAUACGCAUCUACUGAUAAUCUACAAUUGACUAUAAUCAGUGAAACACUUUCGCCGAAUACAACAGGUGACAUUUCAGCUGGAUAUUGGCAACCUCAUGGCUUAGAUUUAAAUGAUGAGCGUAUGUUAAAAUGGGCACGUUAUUCGUAUGAAAUAUUCAUGGAAGAAUAUUUUUCUAUCAAAGCUGCACGAGCUGGUAUCAUUCAAUUAACUAGUUAUAGUGUCAUUAAGCAAGAGGAUCCACAACAUAUAGAUGAUAAAGAUUUAUCUAUCGAAUUUCCUUUCUUAUCUCUAGUUCGACAUUAUCGACGAUUGAGCAACACAGAACUUCAUAUGUUUGAUCAUUUAGGUCCUGUAACAGGCUUUGCCAUGACAUCAGUUGUUGUCGAAGUUCAACGCUAUCUAUCUGAACUUUAUCGUUUUCUGACAGAAGACCAACGUGUGAAGUUUAUUAACAAAAAGAUACUCUCAUUGAGUGAACUAAAAGAUCAAGCAGAUGUAGUCAUCAACUGCACUGGCUUGGGAGCUCGCUAUUUAGUUGGCGAUCUAGCUGUACGACCGGCACGGGGACAAGUCAUUCGCAUACAUGCUCCUUGGAUUAAAUAUAUGUAUUUUUUUGACACUAAGACCGAAGGAUAUGGCUAUAUUAUCCCACAAUCGGAUACAAUUAUUCUAGGCGGUACAUUUCAGAUGGAUGACUGGAAUAAAAAGCCAACUGAAGAAGAUACAAAUUUUAUCCGUUGUAUCUGUGCACGAAUUCUACCAGCGCUUGAUGGAAUUAAAGAUAGUCAAGUACAAGUAGGACUACGACCGUAUCGUGAUGGCGGUACUCGUCUCGAACAUGAACGAACUUCAGACGGUAUGGAUGUUGUUCAUUGCUAUGGUCACUCAGGUGCAGGUGUGACCUUGUCUUGGGGCUGUGCAAAGGACACGGUAGAUAUUGUGAAAACGCUUUUACCUGUCAAUGAAUCACCAUCGUCAGAACUACCGACACACGAACAAUUAUGGCGCUUGAUACAAUGA